CAGAGUUGCUGCUCGCCUCCCCGUCUCCAGCCUCCUCGUCCACUUCUGCGUUGAAAUUCGUGAUGGAUGACAGCAAGGAGAGUAAGGAAGCCGAGAAGGCAGAGGGGAUCCCUCUGUCCGAUGCACCAUCUGUGGUUAAAAAUGAGGCUGAGAAGCUGGAUGUGGACGGGGAUGGACCCUUGGUAAAGGGCGAAGGAAUACCUUGGAAGUCGUCCUUGGGGAUACGGAGGAAAAGGCUGAGGCCCAGAGUGAAGAAGGGAGCAGAAGGGGAAGCACAGGACACCAAGGUGCACAUGGGACGGAUAUCCGGGCCUGAUUCUUCAUCCUUCCGGGAUGGGCUCUCAGCGGUGGUGGAGGACAGCGCUCAGGAAAAGCUGGUGAUCAGAAGGAGAGUGAAGAAGGAGAAAGGCGAAGAGGAGCAUCUGGAAUUUGAGGUGGACGUGCGGAGGGUCUCUGCAAAUGGGAAACCACCUGAGGACUCCCCGCCUGAGGAAGAGAUGAAGGUGGAGUCGGAGGAGCAGAAUGCUCAGGAAUUCGAGGUGCAAAAAAUCACCAUCCCAAUGGAUGGGAAUUCAUCUCCGUCCUCCUCCUCGCACCCCAACACCUGUGGCGUGUGUGGCAAGAGUUUUAGCCGCCGCUCCAACCUGGCCAAGCACCAGAUUAUCCACACAGGCGAGAAGCCGUACCGUUGCAACGACUGUGGCCGCAGCUUCAACCAGAGCUCCGCCCUCACCAAGCACCAGCGGACGCACACCGGUGAGCGGCCCUACGUCUGCAGGGACUGCGGCAAGGCCUUCACGGCCAGCUCGAACCUCCUCCAGCACCGGCGUUUCCACACCGGGGAGCGGCCCUACCGCUGCGAGCUGUGCGGCAAGGCCUUCUCCCAGAGCUCCAACUACAACCUACACCGCCGGGGCCACACGGGCGUCACGCCGUACCAGUGUGGCGUCUGCGGCAAGCGCUUCACCGGCAGCUCCUGCCUCACCCGCCACCAGAGGACGCACACCGGGGAGAAGCCGUACCAGUGCCAGGAGUGCGGCAAGCGCUUCUCCGGCAGCUCCACCUUGGCCAACCACCGGCGCACCCACACCGGCGAGAAGCCGUACGGCUGCGCCGAGUGCGGGAAGCGGUUCACCCACCACUCCAACCUGGUGGACCACUGGCGGGUGCACACGGGAGAAAAGCCGUACGUGUGCUCCGAGUGCGGGAAGAGCUUCCGGCUCAGCUCCCACAUCAUCCGCCACCGCCGCACUCACGCCAACGCCGAGGCCCACCGCGUCAGCCUCGGUUGUGCCAGCAACGGCAGCAGCCCUCAUGGGGCCGGCCUGGAUGCCUUGUGCGCCGAGGCUGGUGUCUCCAACGGCAACGACGAGAUGGACAGCGAAGAGGGCGACCGGCUCCUUAUCUGCAGCCAAUGUGGCAAAGGUUUCCGCUUGGCGUCCCGCCCUCAAGAGCCGAACCAAGAAGACGCGGCGCUGGGGGAGGGGCCCUAUAGUUGCACUGAGUGUGGCAACAGUUGUUGGACGUAGCCAGACAGUGGUGGGGCCAUGUAGCAAAGCUUCAGUAGCCCCCCUGAGCCGUCGGACUGGUCCGAAAGAAAACCUCCGGCUUAGUUAGGGAGGUGGCGAGGAGAGAGAUUUAUGGGUCGCUAAAUCAAUAACAGACCAGGAUGUGGACUGGGGCGGAGGGUGGAUGUUGAACCCCGCAUUUUCCCAAUCGGAUGGUGCUUGUUUGGAGCUGGCCUUGAAUUCUCUUCCACGGUGUCCUUAAGUCGACUCCAGAGUCCUGUUCCUGCUUUUGGCUGUGAAGGAAUGGAGUAAACAAUACCGGAGAUUGUGUGCCCUUGAAUUCUAGGGGAGGAAUAUGGGUUUUAUCUGGUUGUACUUCAAGGUGGUGUUAGAGAGACCUUCCUCCUUCCCUUCCAUGCUCGUUCAGCCACAUUUUUGUUCUUGCCACCUUCUUCCUCCUUGCUUACGCCUCUUUUGGGGGGGGGAAUAAAAAUGAAAGAGUCCCUCUUCUCUCUUUGCCUUCCCUUCAUGGGAAGGAGCAUCUGGUUAGUCAGAAAUCAAGAGCCUUACUGAGGCUGAGAGCAUCAGUAAGGCUGAUGCAACUAGCCGAAGCAGCCAUGCAGAGGAAGCUCAAGGUCUGGAGUUGUGUCACUGGCACCACUUUCUGGCAGGAAAAGGUGUAGAGAAGGAAUGAGGGUGUAUAUAGUAUUGUGGGAAUGGAUGCAGAGAAGAAGGGAGCGUUCGCCUAAAAUAAUGCUGGUGUUUUGGCAUUGCCCCUUUUGCCUUUAGCCCCUCCCACCGCUGGAACACGGCCCCCGAAACACAAUCUGGCCCUCAAGCUGGGAGGUUCUGCACACCUGUUCAGGUCCUUCCCCCAAUAGUGGGGAAACCACUCCCCUCAAGGUUUGAUAAACGCAUAGUCCAGGGAACGCUGAUUCCUAGAACAGGUUGGGAGUAUACGUUUGCACAGGUCUCCCUUGAAACUUGGAUAGUUUGCCUUCUGAUAGUGGUUUUCAUUCCAUUACAGAGCAAAGCAAGCCACGCACUUGAAACAGCCCCUGGUAAACAAAAUGUUUUGCGGUGGCAGCCGGGCACCUAUCUGCGGUUGCUGAAUGCAAGCUGUACUUAUUUCGUGUGCGUAUAGAAUCUCUCUUGUGUCCAUUUGUACUCUGGAGUUUAUACCUUCCAAGCUCAUCUUUAACUUUGUGGGGGAGGGAGGACAAUCACGUGGCCCCAGGAAAACCACGUUUUCUCCACGACUUCGAUUAAGCUCUUAUACUCUGGAAGAAUGGUCAUCCUACCAACUCCCUAGCCAAGGGAUUAUUCUAUGAGCUUGGAUAUGUAUGCUCUGUUAAAAUUAAAAGCAUUAUGUUAAAAAAAAAAACCUCCACAUAAUCUGCACUAAGGUAAUCUGA